AUGAACAUCUUUGCUAAAGUCCCAGGACUAGCCCAACAAACCAGCAAGCUGGGGUCUGUGCUCCAACGUGCCUUCUACGGGUCCAGUGGAAGGGUGACCCUUUUUGAGCAGAGGAACUUUGCGGGUAGACGACUGGACCUGACCUCUGACUGUCAGAAGCUGAGUGACAGAAACUUCCCAGAGAGAUGUAACUCUGUGCAAGUGGAGAGCGGAGCAUGGGUGGGCUUUGAACAUGAGAACUUCCGUGGGCGGCAGUACCUGUGGGACAUGUCCGACAGGGGGGAGUAUAACUGCUGUGACAAGUGGUGUGCUCAGGCCGACCACGUCUCGUCUGUGCGCGCAGUGAAGCAGGAUACAACCCCUCCUAAAGCCCAGCUGUUUGAGAGGGCUGGUUUCUCUGGGAAGAAGAUGGAGCUUCAGGACGACAUCCCCAACCUUAUGACCCGCCACAGUCUCAACAGAGCAGCCUCUAUCAGAGUCCUAGGGGGAGCCUGGGUGGUUUACCAGGAACCAAACUACAGAGGACCCCACUAUGUGCUGGAGAAGAAGGACUACAAUAACUUCUCUGACUGGGGGGCUCAGAACAGCACCGUUGGCUCCAUUCGCCGUGUCCGAUUCAGCUAA